CGAGUCAGUGAUUGGUAUUAAACCACAGUCUCUUGGGACUUGUCGAAUCAGUGAAAUCUGGUCAGAGCUGCAGUCAUUUUUGUUUUCUGUUAAGAUUAUUUAUUGAUCGUUUAGGUGAUUGCCAUGAAGAUAAUCCUGUUUCUGGUGGCUGCAACUCUAGCAGCGACCUGUGCUCAAAGAAACUCCGCAGCCUCUGUUUCCAAAAAUCACCCGGCUGUAAAAUUUGCUUUGGCGACCAUCAACAACUUUUACGCAGCCAAGGGAGACGACGCUCCUCGAUCUUUCACUGGCCUCAUAGCUUUCAGGUCAAAGGACUUUUUCGAAAGGCAGAUUGAUCUGACAGUUAAAGUCGACAAUGGUAUAAGGAUUGAAAGAUGUUCCAUGCUUUUAGUGCGAAAUAGGUUUGCGUCUGACAGUUACUCAGUCCAAAGUGGACCCACAUGCACAGAGUAAUAAGUUAUGAACGUGUUGAAACACUUAAGACUUUUCUUAACCUUGAAAAACUUGAAACUUUGGGGAUGCACUAAAAGUUCAAAAUCAAGAUUUUAACGUGGGAGGUUAUUCUUUGCUUUUAGAAAAUAAUAAAUUAAAAAAAUAACACUGUUCGAAAUAUC